GUGAUCACUUCUCUUGAUCUUAUAGCAGGCCAAUAUACAUGCUUCUCCGCAUGGCGUUUCAUCAUGGAAUCAACCAUCGCUCAGUAAUGAGAACAAGAAUGGCCUGACAAUACCUGUUUCCAAGAAACAAGAAACAAAUGAUCAAGAUCAAAGAGAGAACACGUCAGUUAAGUGGAUGUCUUCAAAGAUGAGGUUGAUGAGGAAGAUGAUGAGCUCGGAUCAAAUGGAGUCCAAUAAUUAUGUGCACAAGUUUGAAGAGAAGAAAGAUAGAUCAUCACCUUUACAAGACGAUAAUAGCAGCAAAAACUUCUCCAAUAAUAACAACAACAACAACAACUCAAUUAGGGUUUGUGCUGACUGCAACACAACUAAGACCCCUCUUUGGAGGAGUGGUCCUAGAGGUCCUAAGUCGCUUUGCAACGCCUGUGGAAUUCGACAAAGGAAGGCGAGGCGAGCUUUGGCUGCAGCUCAAGCAAAUGCAAAUGGCACCAUUUGUGCUCCUGAAAUACCAGCGAUGAAAACUAAAGCGCAAAGCAAAGAGGGCAAAGCAAAUAAUAAUCAUCUUCCAUUCAAGAAAAGGUGCAGAUUCACAGCGCAAGCUCGAGGAAGAAAGAAUAAGCUUUGUUUUGAGGAUUACUUAUCAAUAAUCUUGAGCAAGAAUUCAGCUUUCAAUCAACAAGUUUUUCCUCAAGAUGAGAAGGAAGCAGCAAUUCUACUUAUGGCUCUAUCUUAUGGUCUUGUUCACGGUUGAUGAGUUUUCAAUAAUUUUUAAUUCCUCAAUUCUCCAAUUUUAGAAUUAGUUUCCUUUGUUUAGCUAAUUAACUCGUAGCUAGCUGGAUUGCAUAUUUUGUGUGAGAGAUUGUUUUCGUAUGAGGGAGAGAAAUGAAAUCAAGUAUGAGCAAUUAAAAUAAUAAGAAUUUUAAGGAUUAUUAGUUGUCUUUUAUGGAGCUAAUUAAUAAAAUGUACGACGUUUUAAUUU